CGGCGGGUUCUGUUAAAAAUGGUGCCCUGAAUAACGGGCCGGGCGGGAAGGCUGGGAGAAAUAAGCGCUGCCCUCCCCACCCCCAAGAGGGUCGGGUGGCCGUCGGCGAGGGCUCCUCCCUCCCUCGCUCUCCCUCCUUCCCUCCCCCCCCCCCUCCAUUUGCGCCGAUGGCGAGUCCGGAUCAGAAAUCCCCCAACGUCCUGCUGCAGACGCUGUGCUGCCGCAUCCUGGGCAAGGGCGAAGCUGAUGUAGCCCAACAGUUUCAGUAUGCAGUGCGAGUCAUUGGAAGCAACUUUGCCCCUACUGUUGAGAGAGAUGAAUUUCUAGUAGCAGAAAAAAUUAAAAAAGAGCUUGUGCGGCAAGGAAGGGAAGAAAGUGCUGCUUUGUUUUCAGAGCUUUACAGAAAACUCUACUCACAGGGCAUCUUGAAAAACAGAUGGUCAAUCCUCUACCUCCUGCUCAGCCUCAGUGAAGAUCCACGUAAGCCAUCAAGCAAGGUUUCAAAUUUUGCUGCCCUGUUUGCUCAAGCACUGCCACGAGAUGCUCAUUCGACUCCAUACUACUAUGCCAGGCCUCAGACCCUUCCGUUGAAUUAUCAAGACCGAAAUGCCCAGCCUGGCCAAAGUUCUGGCAGUAUGGGGAGCAGUGGGAUCAGCAGCAUAGGCAUGUAUGCCCCAAAUGGGCCUACUCCAACUCCACAAUCACUUCUUCCAGGACAAUCCUACCAACGUGCAGGAGUGGGCGAUUGUCUUCGCCAGCAGCUAGGGGCACGGCUUGCCUGGACCUUAACUGCAGGCCAACCCACCUUACAGAACUCUUCCUCGAAAGGUGUUUCAGCAGCUGCUUCCCGUAAUGUGCCAAGGACCAGGCGGGAAGGGGAUCUAAGUGGAUCUGUUGAAAUAACGGAAGCAUUUCUUGUGAGAGACAUUUUGUACGUCUUCCAAGGAAUAGAUGGCAAAGUCAUCAAAAUGGUCAACUCUGAAAACUGUUACAAAGUAGAUGGAAAGGUGAGCCUUUCUAAGUCACUGAGAGACACUACAAGCCGGCUUGCUGAACUAGGGUGGCUGCAUAACAAAAUAAGAAAGUAUACAGACCAGAGGAGCAUGGAUCGCGCAUUUGGACUAGUGGGUCAGAGCUUUUGUGCUGCCUUAAACCAGGAACUCAAAGAAUACUACAGACUACUAUCUGUUUUACACUCACAGUUGCAGGUGGAAGAUGAUCAAGGUGUAAAUUUGGGGAGUGAGAGCAGUUUAACACUUCGGCGUCUCCUAGUCUGGACGUAUGACCCUAAAAUAAGAUUAAAGACGCUUGCAGCACUUGUUGAUCACUGUCAAGGAAGAAAAGGGGGUGAACUAGCAUCAGCUGUGCAUGCCUACAGUAAAACCGGUGACCCGUACAUGAGGUCCCUGGUGCAGCACAUUCUUGGCCUUGUGUCGCAUCCUGUCUUGAAUUUCCUUUAUCGCUGGAUUUAUGAUGGGGAACUGGAGGACACGUACCAUGAAUUUUUUGUAGCUUCAGAUCCUACCGUAAAAACAGAUCGGUUGUGGCAUGAUAAAUACUCAUUGAGAAAAUCGAUGAUUCCUUCUUUUAUUACAAUGGAUCACUCAAGAAAGGUUCUCCUGAUAGGAAAAUCCAUAAACUUCUUGCAUCAGGUUUGUCACGACCAAACUCCAUCAUGGAAGACGAUAGCUGUGGCAAAAUCUGCAGAAUCACCGAAAGAUGCUGCUGAAAUGUUCACAGAUUUGGAAAAUGCAUUUCAGGGGAAAAUAGAUGCCGCAUAUUUUGAGACCAGCAAAUAUUUACUCGAUGUUCUUAAUAAAAAGUACAAUUUACUGGAACAUAUGCAGGCCAUGAGGCGCUACCUACUUCUUGGUCAGGGAGAUUUUAUCAGGCACUUAAUGGACCUGCUUAAGCCGGAGCUUGCCAGGCCAGCUACCACUUUGUAUCAGCAUAAUCUGACGGGAAUCCUUGAAACGGCUGUCAGAGCAACUAAUGCACAGUUUGAUAACCCUGAGAUCCUCAAGCGCUUAGAUGUCAGACUGUUGGAGGUGUCUCCUGGUGAUACCGGCUGGGAUGUUUUCAGCUUAGACUAUCAUGUUGAUGGACCAAUUGCAACGGUAUUUACACGAGAGUGCAUGAGCCACUACCUACGGGUGUUCAACUUCCUGUGGAGGGCAAAACGAAUGGAAUAUAUUCUCACAGACAUAUGGAAAGGGCACAUGUGCAAUGCAAAACUUCUAAAAAAUAUGCCAGAGCUUUCUGGGGUGCUGCAUCAGUGUCACGUUCUGGCAUCAGAAAUGGUCCAUUUCAUUCAUCAAAUGCAGUAUUACAUUACAUUUGAGGUACUUGAAUGUUCAUGGGAUGAACUGUGGAACAAAGUUCAACAAGCUCAGGACUUGGACCACAUCAUUGCUGCUCAUGAAGUUUUCUUGGACACAAUUAUUUCUCGUUGUUUGUUGGAUACUGACUCAAGAACGCUUCUCAACCAGCUUCGAGCCGUCUUUGAUCAGAUCCUUGAAUUUCAAAAUGCUCAAGAUACACUGUAUAGAUCUGCCUUGGAGGAGCUACAGCUGCGAUUGCAGUUUGAAGAAAGAAAAAAAGAGCGAGAACUUGAGGGUGAAUGGGGAGUAACAGCUUCAGAAGAGGAAGAAGAGAAUAAAAGAAUUAAAGAAUUCCAAGACUCGAUACCAAAAAUGUGUUCACAGCUGCGGCUUCUUACCCAUUUCUAUCAGGGCAUUGUGCAGCAGUUCUUGGUGUUACUGACCACCAGUUCUGAUGAAAGUCUCCAGUUUCUGAGCUUCAGGCUGGAUUUCAAUGAACAUUACAAAGCCAGGGAACCCAGGCUUAGGGUGUCUUUAGGCACUAGGGGGCGACGUGCUUCACACACAUAAACCUCUCUGCCGGGGAUGUCUCAGGAUGGCUGAAGGUUACCUGUUGGCUGGAUGUGGCAGUCAAGAUCGGCAUACUCAAAACCAAAUGGCAUGCAAUGGGGGUUUGUCGUUAUUGCAAGCAACCCGUUUUCAGUCUUGUGAUUGUGCAGAAAGCAAAAAGGCUCGUUUCACACUGUGUGAUGUUUGAUAUUGCUAAGUGAGCUUAAAACGUUAAAAUUUUGCUUAUGAACUCAUUAACAAAUCACUAUAUUUUUCUGGGGUGCUCUUGAAGCGCAUUCUGCGAUAAUUUAUAUUUGUCUCCAGGAAAUUUAUAUUCACUUGCAGCAUUAAGAAGGGUUCAUAAUUUCUCAUUUCAAUUCAGGAACCACUUUUGUUUUAAAACCACCAGAAAAGGAUCUAGUCAGCGAAUAUAUUUGUAAAGCAAUUUUUCCCCCCGAUACCUUUUUUCACAGUUGUGACGUACUUGACAGUGUCUUAAAACAAGUCAGUUAAAAAUAUGUUCAGUAAUAUUUAACAUUUUCGAAACAAUUUAUUUUUCCAGAAUUUUUUUUUAAACUGCUGCACAGAAACAAACAAUAGAGACGCAACAGGAAUGAAACAUAACUAAUACCAUUAAAAUGAAGUUGGAGCCUCAGCACACUCAAGUAAUGGCGUGUGUAAAUAUGAAUAGAUGUGAAUGAAGUAUUUUGUGUUCAAAAUCUGGUAUAUUAGAAAUUAAUUUAAAUAAUGAAGACUACUUAUUUUUCUUUCCUUGCCUAUUUUUCCAUUGUACAUAGUUAUAUAUUG